UUUCGACGGAACCGUCGCAGGUUGGAUGCGCGGCACCCUGUCAUGUACCUUGACCCGAGAACCCGAACAUGGCGGUUGCGGUUUGGUGGGUGUCACGAGGCAAGGGAGGUUGAUUCCGAGCAGCCGGGGACCAGCUCGCUGACUAAGGACCUUGGCCCCGAGCGGGUCUCGACUUCCGGGCGUCCGUAUGUUCAGGAAGGAUCGGUGUCGGAGGCGGAGUACCCUCUCGCCGCGGCCAAGCACUCUUCGAUCGGUUUUUCUGACUUCUGGGAGUGGAAUAUCACUGGCGCAGCGAAUCGGUGUCGGAAAGCUGGCUGGUGACGGAGUCGACGUUUCUCGUCGUGACGGCCCUUACCGAGCGACUCCGCUCGCCAGCGUUAUCUUUUCGGCGCUUGACGGCGGAGUCGUCGGGUUAGAGAGGACCGCGUGUCCUGCGAGUGCGCGUGCGCGCCGACUCAGCGCGUGCGAUGACUCGGCGCGUCUCCUCUGACGGUGUUCGUCGCCAGGCGGUAUUACGGUGUUUAAGUCUUAAAAACGGGUACCCGAGAAUAGCCAAAUUAACAACGAUUCGAAUGUUUCAACCGUGGCUUUGGAUUGAUUGGCUGUAUUAUUUAACGCCUGCAGGAAGACAAUAUAAAUCAACACUUAAAAUAGUGCAUGAAUUUGCUGAUGAGGUGAUAAAAAAGAAAAAGCUGGAACAACAUUCAAAAACUGACCUAAUCAAACUUAAAAAUAAGGAUAAUGACAUAGGUAAGAAGAAGAAGACAACGUUUCUAGAUGUAUUAUUAGAAGAAAAUGCGAAAAACGACACUCCUAUGAGUGAUAAUGAGUUGAGAGCGCAUGUCGAUACGAUUAUGAGUGCGGGACACGGCACAACUGCAGUAGCUGUAUGUUGGACACUCUUUCUCUUAGGCAAUAAUCCCGAUCACCAGGAAAAAGUUCACGAAGAACUCGAAGAGGUUUUCAGAGAUUCAGAGACACCAGCCACUAAAGAGCAGCUGAAUGACUUAAAGUAUCUCAGCAGAGUUAUAGACGAGACGCUUCGAAUAUUUCCGAGUGCACCUACAAUCUCGAGGAAACUAAUGAAAGAAGUAAAAUUAGAUGACCAUAUUAUCCUUCCAAAAGAUCAUGAGGUCGUAGUGCCAAUAGUGCUUGUACAUCGAAACCCAGAGGUUUGGCCGGAUCCAUUAAAGUUUGAUCCAGAUCGCUUCCUUCCAGAGAACAAAAAUAAAAAACAGUAUGCCUACAUUCCGUUCAGCUCUGGACCGAGAAGCUGUAUAGGAAAGAAAUUUGCUCUAAUCGAACUGAAAAUCUUAGUGGUUGCUAUUCUCAGAAAAUGGAAAGUAGAGAGUGAAAAAACAAUGGACACGAUCAAAUACGGUGAAAUUAUCGUUUUGGUACCCUGCGAGAAAUUACUUAUACAUUUCGUACCCAAGAAACGAUAUCAAUUUGCCAGCAAAUAAGUAUAUGCUUUCUAUAAUUUGAUUUUUAUAACUACUGUUAUUACUCUUUUACGUAUAUGUAUUUUAUACUUACAUUUUUGCUUUUGUGGUGAAUAACUAUCCGCUUUAAUAGUUAAAUAUUAAUAUAAAAAUUUUUUUUUAUUUAUAAUUAUAUAUAAAUUAUAAACAUUACAAUGCCAUUAUUGCACACACACACACACACACACACACACACACACACACCCACACAAACGCACGCACGCACGCACGCACACACGCACACAUGCAUACACGCACACACGCAAAUUAUGAUAAUGUCUAUGCGUUUGUUUGUAUUCGUGUAUAAAAAGAAAUGUAAUUAGGUUCGAUAAAAAAAUAAAUGAGACCCAAAUUUAAAAUAAUUUAUUUUGAACUGAUUAUCAUUUUACGAUAAAAGAAUGUUGCAAAAGUUAGCAAAAA